AUCGUCCGGCAGCGCGAGAGGGAGUCGCACGCGGCAGCCCUGGCCAAGUGCUCCUCGGGGGCCAGCCUGGACUCCCACAUCCAGAGGAUGAUGCACAGGGACUCCACCAUCAGCAACGAGUCCUCGCAGAGCUGCAGCUCCGGCCGGCAGAACCACGCCCGGCUGCAGAGCGACUCCAGCUCCAGCACACAGGUGUUUGAGUCUGUGGAUGAAGUGGAACAGGCUGAAGCAGAUGCUCAGCUGGAAGAUGGCAAACAAAGCAAGAUCCCCAACGGGACGAUCCCCAACGGGACGUGUUCUCCUGACUCUGGGCACCCCUCUUCUCAGAACUUCUCCAUCACAUCGGGCUUCUCGGAGCGCAGCUUCAGCAACGAGGACAGCGCCCUGGAAACCAACAAGUCCUUGGGCAGCUCCCAGGGGAAGGCUGGUGGCUCCGACGUGCCAGGCCUGCAGGACCCAGAGGGUGCCCAGCAGGAGGAGAACCUGCAGGGCCAGGACAGCCUGGAGGGUGAAUUUCCCACCGGUGGGAGCGUGGACUUUGCUCCCGUGGGUGAGAGCUCGGCCGGGGUCCUGCGCGGUGGCGACGCUGUGGCCCUGACGGUGGUGGAGAGCUGGGCAGAGAGCCAAGCUGAGAAGCAGAGCCUGGUGGAGAGCGAGGACAACCUCUCCGAGGAGCCCGAGAUGGAGAGUCUGUACCCACAGCUGGACUCCCUGGCUGUGGCUGAUCUGGCCAGCAGUGAGACAUCUGCUGUCUCCUCGGCGGGCGUCACCUACUCUGCCGAGCUCCUGGACCUGUACACGGUGAACCUGCACCGCAUCGAGAAGGACGUGCAGCGCUGCGACCGCAACUACUGGUACUUCACCCCCGGCAACCUGGAGAAGCUCCGCAACAUCAUGUGCAGCUACAUCUGGCAGCACAUUGAGAUUGGCUACGUGCAGGGGAUGUGUGACCUGCUAGCCCCUCUCUUGGUCAUCCUAGAUGAUGAGGCUCUGGCUUUCAGCUGCUUCACCGAGCUGAUGAAGAGGAUGAAUCAGAACUUCCCCCACGGAGGAGCCAUGGACACCCACUUUGCCAACAUGAGAUCUCUGAUCCAGAUUCUGGACUCUGAGCUCUUUGAACUGAUGCACCAGAAUGGUGACUACACUCACUUCUACUUCUGCUACCGAUGGUUCCUCCUGGACUUCAAGAGAGAGCUGGUGUAUGAUGAUGUGUUUGCUGUCUGGGAGACCAUCUGGGCAGCUGCCCACGUGUCCUCUGCUCACUACGUGCUCUUCAUAGCCCUGGCCCUGGUGGAGAUGUACCGGGACAUAAUCCUGGAGAACAACAUGGACUUCACAGACAUCAUCAAGUUCUUCAACGAGAUGGCCGAGAGGCACAACACCAAGCAGAUCCUGAAGCUGGCUCGGGACCUUGUCUAUAAAGUCCAGACUCUCAUCGAGAACAAAUGA